AUGGCCCGAUUCUACGAAGAGCCGUCUGCGCCCUGGUACAAACCGAGGUACUGGCAGAAAAGGACAUGGGCGCUUGUUGUAUCGACAAUAGUUGUGGUCCUCGUCAUCGUUAUCGUUGUUCCUGUGGUUGUGACGAAGAACAAGCAAAAUAAUUCAUAUCCGGACUACACGAAGCUCAAUUACACCCUCACCGACACAUACUCAGGCGCAACAUUCUUUGACAACUUUAACUACUUCACCGGCUAUGAUCCAGCCCACGGACUUGUCCAUUAUGUCCCCCGGGAGAUGGCCGCGCAGCUGAACCUGACACCCGCAUCAGAGUCCAGUGCCAUCCUCAAGGUCGACACAACUGUCGGCCCUGGUUCUGUGCCGGAUGCCUCCACGGGACGCUUCUCCGUCCGUGUCGAGUCUAAGAGGCAGUACAACACAGGCCUCUUUAUCUUCGACGUGAAGCAUACCCCAUUCGGCUGCGGCACAUGGCCGGCUCUCUGGCUCGCUGACCCCGAACCCAGCCACUGGCCCAUGAACGGUGAGAUCGACAUCAUGGAGGCGACCAACAAAGCCACGUCCGGCAACUCGAUGGCCCUGCACACCACCUCGGGGUGCGAGAUGUCGGCCCGGCGGCUGAUGACCGGGUCCGCCGGCCAGACGGACUGCAACAACGCGACGAACCACAACACGGGCUGCACCGUCUCGGGCCCGUCCCCGGCCUCGUACGGCGCCUCCUUCAACGGCGCCGGCGGCGGCGUCAUGGCCGUCGAGCUGCGCCGCGAGGGGAUCCGCAUGUGGCAGUUCCCGCGCGACGCCAUCCCCGCCGACGUCGCCGGCACCGGCGGCGCCGCGCCCGAUCCCAGCUCCUGGGGCACGGCCGUGGCCGACUUCCCCGACACCAAGUGCGACAUCGGGAACCACUUCCGCAACCAGAGCAUCAUCGCCAAUAUCGACCUGUGCGGGGACCUGACGCUCGCGACGUAUGGCGAUUCGGGAUGUCCAAGCAAUUGUACCGAUUUCGUGGCCAACAACCCCUCGGCAUUCGUCGACGCCUUCUGGGAGUUUGGCGACUUCAAGGUCUACACCGCAGCUUGA